AUAGAUGCGCUUCAACUCAGUGAAGACAGCUCAACUGCGCAUGGUUCUUUCUCUUUUCCCAGGCGCUCGCACUAGAGAUUAGCCAUGUUUACGGCUAGCGCUAAGAUAGUCAAGCCACAAGGCGAAACUGCCAAUGAAUUCGAGCAGGGCAUCUCCCAGGCUAUCCUGGAGCUCGAGAUGAACUCUGACAUGAAGGCUCAACUUCGUGAGCUUUACAUUUCUUCUGCCAAGGAGAUCGAUGUUGGUGGCAAAAAAGCUAUCAUCAUCUUUGUCCCUGUGCCACAAAUCCGGGCUUUCCAGAAGAUCCAGACACGUCUUGUCCGUGAGCUGGAGAAAAAGUUCAGUGGAAAGCAUGUGGUCAUUGUUGCCCAAAGGAGAAUUUUGCCCAGACCUACCCGAAAGUCCAGGAACCAGAAGCAAAAGAGACCAAGAAGCCGAACCCUGACUGCUGUCCAUGACUCCAUUUUGGAAGACCUCUGCUUCCCCAGUGAAAUUGUGGGCAAGAGAAUACGCAUCAAGCAAGAUGGUUCCCGAGUCAUCAAAGUUCACUUGGACAAGACACAACAAACCACCAUCGACCAUAAGCUUGAAACAUUCUCCACUGUGUACAAGAAGCUGACAGGAAAGGAUGUAGUGUUUGAGUUCCCAGCUUAUGACUAAGCUGUAGCAUGGAGGGAAAAUAAAUGAAUAUCACCCACGUGUGGGGUGUACCUA